UAGCGCGUAAAUUUUACCGCGAAUCGUUCCAACGAUUUACAAGAAAUAAAAGCGAAUGAUUGCCAUUUGUGCGUGACCGAUUCGAGUUAUUGCAAUAAAAUUGCCCCGCUUAAGCUUCGGUUGUACGAAGCGAUACCAUGACGUGAUAUUUCGAUAUUGUUGUUCGACAAAAAUGUGAGCUCUCUCGAUUGAUGCGUAGAAUUAUCGUGUACUAGCUGUGCGAACAAGUGCGGUAAAUUGGUGUGGUGCACAUGCAAAACAAAAAAUAAACAGCCUGACGAACAUGACUCGAGGACGAGGAAACUAACUUUGAACCGAUAAAAGAAAGCCAAGAGAAUCGAGAGAAAAGUAAAAGGCAGCAGAAUCCGGAUACAUGUAAUCGAGCCGCAACGCAAAGCAACGGUUCAAGGUGUAGUCUGCUCCGGACAUCGACCAGCUAUACUGCCGCUUCCGAAACUCACGAGUAGUAGUGCAGCCUGUUUAUACCGAGUGCAAAGGUACAGCGUUAUUUAUACUUCAUCAAUAGGGUGCAAGGGACAGUGCAAGAGGAACAUUUUCAAAUGAUGACUUUCAAAAGCAGAUUGAGUUUUUCCAAGGAAAUCGGAUGAAAAGGAGCCCAACAAUGAAGAAGACACCCGAGGGCUGAGCGAGUCAAGGAGCGAGCGAGAGCCUCGAAACUAAGGCGAGAGAGAAAGAGAGAGAGAAAAAUAAGGUCUUACACGGUUGCGCCAGUUUUCGCAAAGGCACGAACGAUAGAGGGAAUUGGAAAUGAGUUUGGCGAGUACGGCCUUAGGCGCACUCGCCAUACUUUCGAUAUUACUGGCUACGAGCACAGCAGCUCUCACUUCGAAAGCUCCAAUCGCAAUUAUCGAGGAAUCGUUGGUCGAGGCGAUGAAGGCCAGUGCCGCCACAGCUGUUGCCGCUGCUGCUGCUGCUGUCGAUGCUCCUGCGACGACAACAACAACAACAACAACAACACAACCACCGUCGACGUGGCCGUCGUCGACGCAACAGCCGCCGCCACGACAGGAGCUAUUGGUGAGCCUCAACGAAAAUACCACUACGCGAGACUCCCUCGAGGAACGGGCUGGCGGUGCGAUAGUCACCCCCGCGACCUCUUGGGACGAUGAGCCGCUGAGUCUUCAUAAUCACGAGAUAUCGCCGUCGCCGAUGAGAAUCUCGACCACGAGGCUCGAGGUGACGACGGCACCCGUUGAAUCAAUAAUCACGCCGAAAGCAACAACGUCUCCGACCAAUUUAGCAAUAAAUAAAAUUACCGGCUCGAAAACGAGAAACGAGCUCAUCGACGAAAAUAAAUUUAAGCUGCCUACGGGUACAAACAGAGGUAAUCAAGGAUACAUGGGAGGCAAAAAGCCUAACUUGCAAUCGGUCCUCGGCAAAUACACGCCUUAUUUUGAAGAUGGCCACGACGUACUCAAUGUGACCUCGAGAAUAGGUAGUACAGUCAUGCUCGACUGCGAAAUCGGAAUGCUGGGCAACAAAACGGUAACGUGGUCGUAUCACAGUGCCGACGUAAUACGUCUCCUAACAGUCGGUCGCAACGCUUACAGCGUCGAUCAAAGGAUCAGCCUUUUUUUCAGAUACCCGACGAACUGGAGGUUACGAAUCCAGAACGCAACGCCGCACGACUCGGGCUUGUACGAGUGCCAAGUGGCUACCUAUCCACCAUUGGUGAAGAAAAUAUAUUUACUCGUCACAGCACCAAUACUAGCAAUAAUGGACGAUUCGGGACGAAUAAAGUCCGGCGAGAGGCAUUUGAAAGCUGGAAGUGCGCUUCGACUUCGCUGCGAGGCUCGCGACGUACCCGAGCAUCACAAUGAAACUGUCAUUUGGACCAGAGGCGAUGAAAUUCUCAGCGAGGACAUUAGCGAAAACAAAACGACGGAUUACAUGGAGGGUCGGGAGAUCCAAGUGGUGAGUAGCACCAUAGUGAUCGAGCGAGCCACACCACGCCACGCCGGCAACUACAGCUGCGUCGUACCUGAAAAAGCCCGAGCCACCGUGGCCGUUCACGUUCUAAACGGAGAACUGCCUGCUGCGGUGCACGACGGCAACGGAGUCUCUAGAUCAGUUCUCAAUCUAUGGCUGAUUCACUUGACAGUCAGCUACGUGUUUUCCAGAUGACAAUUUUAAGAUCCCAGCCGUCUACUUCAAGACUUGAUAAAAAUCUUCAUUCACUUCCUGACUGUUUUAUAAUCGGCCCAGUGCGGGAUGUCUCGUGAACUUCUCUCAUUGUGAAAAACGACGAACAUUCCUGAAGAUUGAGAUUUUGCAAGGUGAAAAUAUUCAAAUUACAACGUGAAAGCUAUCAUGAUGAAACAAAAAAAUUCUAGAGUCAAAAGUGAAUACAACGCGCCAAGUAUUUAAUAACUUUUUACAUUGUGUUCCAUAUGAAAUUCAUUAGUAAAUUGCCAAGUUUCUUUCAAAUUGAAAAGUGAUCGCUUGUUCCACGUUGAUAUGACGAGAAUAAAAAAAUCAGCGACGAUAAAUGAAUAAACACUAGUGCUCGAUUUGGAUUCGAAAAUUGAAAAUUCAUGAUGGGAAUAAAAACGAACGACGAUUUGUUGCUUCGCAUAUCGGUUCGCGUAGCACACGCGUGGCUGCUAAAUUCAUGAAUACCGAAGCAUCAGAAAAAAUUUCUGUUAGCAGCGCAAAAACGAUAUACACGACUAAAUGGCACUGCUGCGGCAGUAAAACUAACAAAAACUACGCACCGGUGGUAAGCGAUCUCGAUGGCACACGUUAAAAUAGCGUAUGAUAUUUUCAAUAUCAACCGCAUACUGUAGCUGGCUUUAUUUCCGCAGCAAAGGUCGCGGCAUUAAACACGUCGCAUAUUUCAUGAUCCGAAGGAGUGUAUAAUAUAAUGGCUCGGUGCAAGCUACGCCUAGGCUUUAUAAUACACGCGUACGCACGCGGAGCUCAUACGCGCGUCUGGCGAGAUUAGCCGAGUGCAGGCGAAACCGAGCAUCGAUUAGGCUUAUCUAAUUAAUCAAGCCGAGCGCAAAGCGCACAGGCUUAAAUACCACUUGUCAAAAACGCUCAUACGGAUCCGAAACAGUAUAGGCGAAUCGAUCACGAGUGAUUUGGCUUUACGAGACCCGUAUAUAGCCGCAAACUAAUAGUCGGAAUUAGCCCCCGGCACCGGGCUAUAUACCGACUUUUAUGACUAUUUCGCGCUUGAUUUUGUAAAAGCCUCGGCAAUCGCUUGUAGGCUCGACUCCCGCUCACAUAUUUAUUUCGCGAGUAUAUCCUUUUAUUUCGGCACGUAAGCCCUUGUAUAUAGCUAUAUCGUGGCCGUAACGCGCACCUGCACUCACGCCCGAAUACAGCUCAACUCCAUUAUUCUCCUGUUACCGAGUCGCUCACUGCGAACGGCUACAAAUGGACUGCUCAUUAUUUAUGGCUACAUGUACAAUUCACGAAUUGUUAUUUCAUUCUGAUUUGAAAAUAUUAUACGCUAAUAUACGAUACAUUUUAUAUGGUAUUGAUUUGGAGAAAAUAAACGACAAAAUUAUAAUGAAUAUAGAAGAGCAAAAAGAACUGUAUUCAUAAUCCUUCGUUUUUUUUUUUUGAAAAUUUUAAGAACUAAAUGAUACCAGGUAAAAAUUUCCAUAUUAAUUAUACGUUUUUCUGGCAAUUUUAUUUUUUACAGUUUUAAAA